AACCAACACGAAAAUAAACAACCCUUUCCCUUCUUCUUCUCUCUCUCUCUCUCUCUCUCUCUCUCUCUCUCUCUCCUCAUUCUCACACCAUUUUAUCAUCUUCAUCUCCACUCUGCAACAACCCUCUUUCUGGGUUGUUGUUCUUCACUAAACCCCCACAAAAAACCCCCAAAAAACCCUAAAAAAUUUUCACUCAAUCAAACAAAAAAUAAGACUAUAAAGAACAACACUAAGAAAUGAAUUCAACAAUCCCUCUUUCUUCCUCACAAUCCCCACUUCUUUUCUCCUCCUUCACUCACCCUAAUCCAACCCCUUCACUUACUCCCCCCAAUUUCACCCGUAUACCCAUCAAAUCCUCUAUAAAACGACGCCAUUUUCGCCUCACAAAGCUCCAUUGUUCCACCGACCAAACACCUCCAACAUCACAGUCACACGACAGUAACUUUGAAGUAUUCGGGCCUCCAAGAGAGUUGUCGGGUUUACAGUCGUUGGCGGAAAGUUUGUCACCACCAGUGAGAUUAGCAAGUUCAGUACUCUUAGUUGCUGCUGCUUCUGCUGCUGGUUUUGGUUUAGGUUCUCGAUUUGGGGGUAAUCGUAAUGUUGCAAUUGGAGCUGCUGUUGCGCUUGGCGCAGCCGGCGGCGCGGCUGCUUAUAGUUUGAACUCUUGUGUACCUGAGGUUGCUGCAACUAAUUUGCAUAAUUAUGUUGCACAAUGUCAUGACCCUCUUGAGUUGAAUAAGGAGGAAAUACUUGCUAUUGCUAAUAGGUUUGGUGUUAGCAAACAAGAUGAAGCUUUUAAUGCUGAGCUUUGUGACUUGUACCUUAGAUUUGUUUUAUCAGUGCUUCCUGCUGGAAAUGAAGAUCUCAAGGGCACUGAAGUUGAAACUAUCAAAAAGUUCAAAAAUGCUCUUGGUAUCGAUGAUCCUGAUGCUGCUAACAUGCAUCUAGAGAUUGCCAGGCGUUUUGUCAGACAAAGGCUUGAAACUGGUGAUCGUGAAGGUGACAUUGAGCAGCGUCGGGCAUUCCAGAAGCUAGUGUAUGUUUCAACUCUUGUUUUCGGGGAAGCCUCAGCUUUUCUUCUACCCUGGAAGCGUGUAUUUAAAGUUACUGAUUCCCAGGUCGAGGUUGCUGUUCGUGACAACGCUCAAAGGCUGUAUGGUCAGAGGCUGAAAUCAAUUGACAGAGAUUUGGAUCUGAAGCAGCUUGCUGAUCUCAGAGAAGUUCAACUAUCAUACCGUCUUUCUGAUGAGUUGGCUGAGGAGAUGUUUAAGGAUCAUACAAGAAAACUAGCUGAAGAAUGCAUUUCAAGAGCUCUUGAAAUUUCGAAGUCCCGGAGCAGAACAGGGGGACCUACAGAGGUUGUACAGGAGCUUAAUAAAUUGCUCGCUUUUAAUGAUAUGCUUCUCUCAUUAAGAAAUCAUCCAGAUGCUGGUAAUUUUGCUCGUGGAAUUGGGCCAAUUUCCUUAGUAGGUGGUGAUUAUGAUACUGAUAGGAGUAUUGAUGACUUAAAGCUUCUUUACAGAGCAUAUAUCACAGAUUCUCUAUCCAGUGGCCGCAUGGAAGACAAUAAGCUUGCUGCUUUGAACCAGCUGAAGAACAUAUUUGGUCUUGGAAAACGUGAGGCAGAAGGUAUUAUGAUGGAUGUCACCUCAAAGGUGUAUCGCAAGCUACUGGCCCAGGCAUUUACUGGUGGUGAUCUGGAAGCAGCUGAUAGCAAAGCGAAUUACCUUCAGAAUUUAUGUGACCAGUUGCGGUUUGACCCUGAGAAAGCGAGCGAGAUCCACGAAGAAAUAUAUCGACAGAAGCUACAGCAGUGCUUAGUUGAUGGUGAAUUGAGUGAGGAGGACGUGAAAGCUUUGCUACGUGUACGAGUCAUGCUUUGUGUUCCCCAAAAGAUUGUUGAAGCAGCUCAUGCUGAUGUUUGCGGUAGUUUGUUUGAGAAGGUUGUGAAGGAUGCAAUUGCUUCUGGUGUUGAUGGAUAUGAUGCAGAUGUAAAAGCAAAUGUGAGGAAAGCAGCACAUGGCUUGCGUUUGACUAGGGAAGCUGCAAUGUCAAUUGCUAGUAAGGCGGUCCGCAGAAUUUUCAUUAAUUAUAUUAAACAGGCAAGGGCAGCUGGGAGUCGCACCGAAUCUGCAAGGGUUCUUAAGAAGAUGAUUGCAUUUAACGCCUUGGUGGUCACCGAAUUAGUUGCAGAUAUUAAAGGGGAAUCAACUGAUGCUCCUCCUACAGAAGAACCUGCUAAAGAAGAAGAGAAACAAAUUGAAGAUGAGGAAGAAUGGGAGUCACUUCAGACACUAAGGAAAUCAAGACCUACUAAGGAACUUGAAGCCAAAAUAGGGAAACCAGGGCAGACAGAGAUUACUGUUACAGAUGACCUUUCAGAUAAAGAGAGGGCGGACCUAUACAAGACAUACUUGUUAUACUGCAUAACAGGGGAAGUAACCAAGAUUCCGUUUGGUGCACAAAUCACCACAAAGAAGGAUAACACAGAAUACCUCUAUCUGAAUCAACUUGGUGAUAUACUUGGUCUGUCACGUAAGGAGAUUGUGGAGGUUCAUAGAGGUUUAGCUGAGCAAGCUUUUAGGCAGCAAGCAGAGGUCAUUUUGGCUGACGGACAAUUGACUAAAGCAAGGAUAGAGCAACUGGAUGAGGUGCAGAAGCAAGUUGGCUUACCGGCAGAGUAUGCUCAAAAGGUGAGAGAGAGCAUUAUAAAUUCGAAGAUGGCUGCUGCCAUCGAAACAGCUAUUGGCCAGGGAAGGCUCAGUAUAAAGCAAAUUAGAGAACUCAAAGAAGCUGGAGUAAAAUUUGACAACAUGAUAGCUGAGAGCUUAAGGGAAAAUCUCUUUAAGAAGACUGUAGAUGAGAUAUUUUCAUCUGGUACUGGAGAAUUUGAUGAUGAAGAAGUCUACCAAAAAAUUCCCGCUGAUUUGAAAAUCAACCCUGAGAAGGCUAAAGGAGUUGUUCAUGAACUUGCUCGAAGUAGAUUAGCUAACUCAUUGGUUCAAGCCGUGGCAUUAUUGAGGCAGAGAAACCGUGCAGGGGUGAUCUCUACACUCAAUGAUCUUCUGGCCUGUGACAAGGCUGUGACAGCAGAGCCGCUAUCCUGGGAAGUGCCAGAGGAACUAGCUGAUCUUUUCUCCAUAUACGCGAAGAGUGAUGCAGCGCCUGAAAAGGUAUCACGUCUACAGUAUCUGCUUGGAAUAAGCGACUCUGCAGCCGCCUCUCUGAGAGAGAUGGACGACUUGUUACCUAGUGCUGGUGCUGGAGCUGAAGAAUUUGUUUUUUGAGAGGACGAGUUGCGUUAUAGUUUAGUGCAGAAAAUUCUGUAUUAGUUCAUACUUGAUAGGUUUGUUGAGAAGAUAGAUUGUUUUUGCUGUUUUUUGUUUUUAGUACGGCGAAAAUUUCAAGUGAGAUAGAUAAUAAGUUUUUACAUCUUGUUUCUUACUCCAUUCUUGGUGGUGGAGAAGCAUUUUGGGGCAUCCUUGUAUUAUUUGCAUCGUAUAUAUUUUUGGUAUUGUAGUUUUAAAUCCAUGGUUGAAGAGAAUUUGCUAUUUCUGAUGA